CCCGCUACUCCUUCGCUGCCGUCUGACAUCGUCUCCUCGUCUGGAUGGUAUCUCAGAGCUAAGACACUAUAUGCGUUGAUCUAUAAACGAUGCGCCUGUUAGACACCGUGACGGGACAGUUCGUUUCUGGAUGCGAACCUGAAUACACAGUAUACGCAAUCUUGUCUCAUACAUGGAACCAAGAGGAGGGCGAGCAGACGUACAAGGAGCUGAAGAAGAUCCAGAAGCGGGCGUGUGCCUUCGCACGAGCGAACGGCAUCGCGUUCAUCUGGAUAGACUCCUGCUGCAUCGACCAGAGUAGCAGCUCGGAGCUUUCCGAGGCUAUCAACUCCAUGUACUCCUGGUACGCGGGGGCGGUCGUGUGCUAUGCAUUCCUCGUCGACGUCCCGCCCGGAGAGGACCCUGCGGCCCCAGACUCGCGGUUCCGCGAGUCGCGCUGGUUCGAGCGCACGUGGACGCUCCAGGAGCUCAUCGCGCCCCGGAUAGUGAUUUUCCUGUGCCAGGACUGGAGUGUUCUUGGGUCGCGGGAUAGAUUGGCCGACCUUGUCGAGGAUAUCACUGGCAUCAGUCGCGAGGCUCUACUCCGGGAGAAGUCGCUCGACGAGUUUUCCGUUGCCCAGCGGCUCUCCUGGGCCGCCAAUCGACAGGCGACUAGGCCUGAGGACACGGCGUACUCGCUGCUGGGACUCUUUGACAUACACCUGCCCGCGCUCUAUGGGGAGGGCAACGAGCGUGCAUUUCGACGGCUACAAGAGGAGAUCAUGAGGCGUAUCCCGGAUCAAAGUCUGUUCGCU